AUGGCCCGAAUCGCUCAGCUUCUAGUCUUCCUCUCCCUGGCGGCGCUGUGCUACAUCCAGGGCGCCCUCGCCAACCCACCCACAGCAAUCGACGCGUCUCGGCGCGGCGGCUGGGGCAAACCCGUUCAGCCGUACACCGCGCAGCAGGUCGUCGCCAAGCUCAACCUCACUGCCAAUCCCGAGAAGGGCUACUACAGGGAGACGUUCCGGGACCCGCGCCUGAUCCAGACGGGCAACGGCACCCGCUCCGCUAGCACGGCCAUCUACUACCUGGCGUCCUCCUCGAAGCGGUUCCAACACUACCUCCUCGAGGGCUCGGCGGGCCAGUCGCUGUGGCACCGCAUCGACGCCGCUGAGGUGUGGCACUACUACGCCGGCGCGCCCCUCACGCUGUCGCUCUCGUUCAACAAUGGGACCGGCGUGCGCCGCGCGCUGCUAGGGCCCGACGUCUUCCGCGGCCAGCAGCCGCAGGUGGCGAUCGGCUCGUGGGAGUGGCAGAGCGCCAAGAGCGAGGGCGACUGGACACUUGUUGGGACCACUGUUGCGCCCGCCUUUGAUCCCAAUCUCUACGAGAUUGCGGAUGCUAACUGGCAUCCUAAAUAA